AUGAAUGGGGGAGCUAUCUCUCUAAUUUCAUAUAAUAUUGAAAGUGAAAUUCAAUAUUCUCUAUUUUCUGAAUGUUCCUCAUCUUUAGAAGGAGGAGCAGUUUAUAUUAAGAAACUUAAUACUAAUUUUACAAAUAAUAUUUUUAGAUCUUGCUUUUCUUCAUUAAAAAGUAAUGAUAGAUAUGGAAAUGCAAUUUAUAAUGAAGAAUCACUGUCUGAUUUGAAUGAAUCUUCAUUUUUGUCAUGUGGCCCUGAUAAAAAUAGAAGAAGUGAUAGUUGUGUUUUUAUGAAAGGAAAUAAAUUUAUAUCUAUGUUAAAUAAUGGAACUAAUAACUAUGGCAGUGGAGGGAGUGGCUUAGUUAGUUUCCGAUCUGCUCUUACAGGAACAUUUGUUAAAUUUAAUCAAGUUUAUAAAUGCUUUGAUCACUAUUUUAUUGAGAUUAUACUUUGCUCAUAUAAUGCUACCUACAGUAAUUAUAUUGAUGCUUCAGAACAACAAUAUAUUUUUUAUGUUGGCAUUGGAACAGCAAAUUUUGAGAAUUGUAUAUUUUUAAACUUAUCUGGUAAAACAAUAGAGAAUUCACAGGGCUCUUAUAAAUUUACAGACUGUUUUUCAAAUGAUAAAACAUCAUUUAUGUCUCAAUCUUCUUUCCCUACUACUCAUAAAAUUGAUAUUGUAAUUAAAGAUUGCAAUAGUAAAAAAUCUUGCUCAUUAAUUCAUCGAGACCUAAAUUUCAUACACUUUUCUAAUUUGAUUCUUUAUUUAUCUAUUCAUCUUAUUGUUGAAUAA